AUGUAUGUGCAGCUCCUAGUCCUAAUACUGGGCCAAGCAGCAAUUAAUUUGGCUCUGAGGCAUCAAGCCGUAGCAAUCAAAGGCAAACUACUGUGUGGUACUGCUCCCGCACGUAAUGUUCGAGUGAAACUUUGGGAAGAAGAUUCAGGGCCUGAUCCAGAUGACCUGUUGGACCAGGGCUACACCGAUGGCCAAGGGAUGUUCAGUCUGAAAGGAGAUACUGCUGAACUGACUCCAAUUGAUCCCGUGUUCAAAGUCUAUCAUGAUUGCGAUGAUGGGCUUAAAGUAAUUUUUCAAUAA